CUGGUGUAUUGUAUGUAUGUACAAGUACACUGAAUACGGUAUGUAAGAUACCUUACUUGCACAUGCUUGACCGUACAAAACCCCAAAUUCCAAAUGAUGUGAGAGCGUCCGUGCCGUCUAGACCCCACUCCACUACAGCGCCACCAAGAACCCCAGUUGUUGAUCCGCAAGCCAGCGGCCAUGCUCCACGAGUUUUUCUCCAACAGGGCAGGUGUGAGGAAACGAGGUGUUUAGCCAACCGUACGGGCACCUAGGUCGGCGACAAUGUCGGGAUCCGUCCCUAUCGAUGAGAUCGCAUCUUUGGUGGAUCACCGGCAGUAUUGCCUCCAGGUUCUAGCCCUGAGCCU